GUUUGCGUGAUCCAGCCCACGGGGACAGGAAGCGGAUCGCUCCGGGUGACUCUUCACUAUGCCUCCAUCAACGCCACCCUCCUGGACAAGGACACGGCGGGUGUGGGGCAUCAUGGGUGUAUGGAGUUCACGGUGCCGGACAUUGAACUGCAGGAUGAAGAUGAUUCAGUGGCCACCAUCACCGUGAUUGGAUCCGGCCAGACAGAGGCAAUCAAUGUCACCAGGAAGGUUCUCCUGAGGAAACUGCAUUCCUUGACAUUCGUACAGACGGACAAGCCCGUGUACAAACCUGGCCAGGCAGUGCGGUUCCGCGUCGUCUCUCUGACCCAGGAUUUCUUGCCAGCCGAGGAGAAGUACCCGCUGAUAACGCUCUGGGACCCUCAGCGGAAUCGGAUCGGCCAGUGGAGGAACGUGGAACACAAGCAGGGAAUUGUGGACCUGACGUACAACCUGAGCCCUGAGCCCCUGAUGGGAAACUACGAGAUCGAGGUGAUCAAGUCCACAGGGAAUAACUUGCACUCCUUCACAGUGGAGCAAUACGUUCUCCCGAAAUUCGAGGUGAAGCUCCAUAUUCCGAAGUUGAUCACGAUUCUCGACAGAACGAUCCACGUCCAAGUGUGCGGGAGGUACACGUACGGGAAACCCAUGCGGGGUGUGGUAAACGGCACGGUCUGUCUGAAGCGUUAUUACACUCACGGGAACCCAGAUCUUUGUCACUAUGUUGUGGACAAGACGGACAAUGACGGCUGCAUCUCCCGGGAUCUCGCCAUCGCUCUAUUCCAACUGAGAAGGAAUUGGAACAACGAAAUCCGCGCACACUUCGUCCUGGAGGAGGACGGGACAGGAAUUAGGAGGGAAAAGUCAGCAUCCUGCAUGGUUGCCUCGGAGGUCACGAAGAUCCACUUUGAAGACAUUGGGAUGUACUACAAGAGAGGACGCCCGUUGUCUGGAAAGGUGGUGAUCAAGUUGGCCACAGGGAAACCAAUGCCAAGGGUGAAAGUGUAUCUGUUCAACUCGUUCAAUCCCGGGGCCCAAGAGAUUCUGGUCGAUGACCAAGGAGAGGGAACCUUCUUCCUCGACACCUCUGAAUGGGAAGACGAGCAGGUGUCCUUCAUGGCCAUUUAUCAUCUUCAGCCUGAGGACAAUUACCACUCUCCACGGCUCCCCAGCCACUCUCACGCCCGGCACUCAGUCAAGCGGUUCUACUCCAAGUCCAACAGCUUCCUGUCCAUCACGAGUCGUCAGAGGGAGCUGCCGUGCACGUUCGAUCUGGAGAUGCCGAUUAGUUACAUCAUCAAAGUUCUUCCAGACGGCGGAUCUCUCGAUCUGGAGGUGUUCCAGUUGGCGAUGGCCAGAGGGAAGAUCAUCAGCUUUGAGAAGAGCUCACAAUCGAUCGAGGGGACGGAGGAGGGAUCGUUCACUCUCCGUCAGAUGAUCACCGCAGAUAUGUCUCCCGUCACCCGGAUCCUGGUGUUCACCGCGCUCCCUAACGGCGAGAUCAUUGCCGACACCAUCAAGUUCAAUGUCGCCAAAUGUUUCCAGAAUCAGGUGCAGCUCAAAUUCCCCGGCUCCGAGGAGCUCCCGGGCACCCCGAUCAGUGUCGACCUUCGGGCACAGCCAGGCUCCCUGUGCGGACUUCGAGUUGUGGAUCAGAGUGUUCUGCUCCUGAAACCGGAACAGGAGCUAACAGUUAACAGCAUCUACUCCAGCCUGCCAAUGUCUGAUCUCAAUGAUUACCAUUAUCGGAUUCUGGACAACGAUGACGAGUUUUGUAAACCGGACGACGGGGGCUACAGGGUUGAUCGGUACGAUCGGCAGUCGGUCUUUGACGUCAGCCGACUUCUCGAGGGCAUGGGGCUGAAGAUCUUCACUGACCUUGAUUAUUAUGUCCCAGUGAACUGCGACCACUACGACCGAUGGCUUGCAGUGCCGGACGUUUUCUCUUUGAUGGUUGACAGAUUCUUUGCUUAUUCUCCAAUCAAUCUCCCUGGAGAACAGGUCCGGGAAUACUUCCCAGAGACAUGGAUCUGGGACCUGAUCCCUGUCAGUUCCACCGGACACUCCAACCUUGAAGUCACGGUCCCGGACGCCAUCACCGAGUGGAAGGGGAGUGCGUUCUGCAGCGGGGACGCAGGCUUUGGGCUCUCGGACACGGUGUCUCUGUUCGCCUUUAAGCCCUUCUUCGUGGACCUGGUGCUGCCCUACUCCGUCGUAAGGACCGAGGGCUUCUCCCUCAAAGCGAAGGUCUUCAACUACAUGGCGGAGAGUCUAAUGUUCAAGGCAACCCUGGUUGAAGCUGAGGGCUUCGAUAUGGCGUUCUCCAACCGUGAACGCGAAGUAUGCGUCCUGUCCAAGGAAAGCGUUACCCUCAGUUGGAAUCUGACCGCCUCUGUGUUGGGCGAGAUGAACAUCACUGUGCGGGCAGAGUCUGUCCACUCGUCCACCCUUUGUGGGAACGAAGUUGUCGUCGUUCCGCCGAAGGGAGCCGUCGACAUCAUCCGCAAGCCGCUGAUUAUCGAGCCCGAAGGCUCAGAGACCGAGUUGUCGCACAGCUCCUUGCUCUGUCCUGCUGGGAAAGACAUCACCGAGAAGAUCCAUCUCCAGGUCCCAGAAGACGUGGUGGAAGGAUCGGCCAGAGCCUACGUCACCGUGCUGGGUGACCUCAUGGGAAGCGCGAUGGAAAAUCUGGAUCAUUUGCUAAAACUGCCCACGGGCUGUGGUGAGCAGAACAUGGUGAAGUUCGCCCCCAACAUCUAUGUGCUGAGUUACCUCCAGAAAACGCACCAGCUCACGCCCAAGAUCAAGGAUAAAGCUCUCGGCUUCUUGCGGACAGGAUAUCAACGCCAGCUGAACUACAAACACUUUGACGGCUCUUUCAGUGCCUUCGGAAGCGAUGAUGGAGAGGGGAACACGUGGCUCACUGCCUUCGUGCUGAAGUCUUUCCUGCACGCCCAGCCCUACAUCUUCAUCGAUGACUCUGUCCUGCAGCAGGCCGCUUCUUUCUUCCUUAAGUACCGGCUGGAGUCGGGCUGUUUCAGCAGCGUGGGUAACCUGUUCAAUAACGCCAUGAAGGGCGGCGUCGAUGAUUCAAUCUCUCUUUCGGCCUACGUCACCUCUGCGCUCCUCGAGUUACAAAGGCUGAGGGCCAGUAUGGCCGAUGAGAUUUACAAGAAGACUCAGGAACGGUUGGAGAGUGAGUCUUCAAGCAACGAGGCAGAAGGAACUACGCUGCCCAAAGUCGAGAGGGAGGAGACCCAGCCUGCAGGUUUCCAGACGGCAGUGCUGGAGCCUUCUCUCCGUUGCCUGAGGAAGCAGAUGGAGACAGUGAACAGCACGUACACGCUGGCUCUUCUCGCCUACACAUUCACCCUGGCAGGGGACAACGUCUCCAGGGACUGGCUCCUCGACAAGCUGGAGGUUUUAGCUGUCAAAAAGGAUGGAAUGAGGCACUGGACGAGGGUCCCAGAGGCGGAGGAAGAGGAUGAGGAGUUCAGUUGGUACUGGAGGAGAGCGCCCUCAGCUGAGGUGGAGAUGACGGCCUACGUCCUCCUCGCCCUCCUGUCCCAGCCCUCGGUGAGGCCUGCAGACCUGCAGAGGGCCACCACCAUUGUCAGCUGGCUGGUCCGACAGAGGAAUGCGUACGGGGGCUUCGCCUCUACCCAGGACACGGUGGUCGCUCUUCAUGCUCUCUCACUCUACGGGAGCCUGACCCACGUGUCGGACCCUCAGGGGCUGGUGACUUUGACCGGAAAGAACGAGUUCCACCGGGAAAUCCGGCUGGACGCCUCAAACCAGCUGGUGCUUCAGAGCGAGAAGCUGCAGGAUGUUCCCGGUGACUACAUUGCCCACGUCAGCGGGAGCAGCUGCCUGUUGCUGCAGACCACACUGCGGUACAAUACCCUUCCCAAGCAUCGCGACGCCGCCUUCCAGCUCUCGGCCGAGAUGAGGAGAACGGGUGACGACACCGACGGAAGCAUCAUCAACAUCAAUGUGACGUACGUCGGGUCUCGUAACGUCUCCAACAUGGUCAUCGUGGAUGUGAAGAUGCUUUCCGGGUACUCUGCUCAGGUGAACAGAGGGUUUGCCCCAGGUGCUCCUGAACCUACCUGUGGAUCCAGGAGGAAGCCGUGGCAUCCUCGUGUGAGCCGGUCAGAGACGCAGGACGGGCACUUGUUGAUGUACAUCCCCGAGAUGGAGAAGCUCCAGCCGAUCGAACUGUUUGUUCCUCUUCACCGGGACCUCGUUGUGGAGAACCUUCAGGACGCCUACGUGACCGUCUACGACUACUACGAGACGGACGAGGGCGCCAUCGUUGGAUACCGCCCGCACUAGCGGAGGAUCCGACUGAAACGCGCUGACUGCGGCAGAAGAGGACAUUGCUCCACAAGAGCUCAGAUCAAUGUUUCAGUAACUUGCAAUCACUUCUAAUAAAUAAA